GGUUCCUCACGCUUUUCACUCCUCACCUCACCUCAAGCCUUUUCACCAUGAGACCCAGCAUCAAUCUCGUUGUCAAUGCCCUUUGGCUGACAAGCCUAAGCACUCCCUCCGUUGCCGCUCCCUCCAAUGGCAACUAUGGUCUCAAGGGUCCCGAGCUCAAGCAUUGGCCUGCCCAAGCUGCCAAAGCUCUCAACAAGAUGAUUGCUCGCAAUGCCAACAAUGGUCGCUAUGCUGUCUUCGACAUGGACAACACCAGCUAUCAAUUUGAUCUGGAGGAAUCGCUUCUUCCUUACCUUGAGAACAAGGGUGUUCUUACACGAGAGACCAUGGACCCUACUCUUAAGCUAGUCCCUUUCAAGGACACCAAGAAGCACAAGGAGUCGUUGUACAGCUACUACUUGCGCCUCUGCGAAAUCGAGGAUGCUGUCUGCUAUCCUUGGGCUGCGCAAAUCUUCAGCGGAUUCCCUCUUGGUGAGCUCAAGGGCUACGUCGAUGAGCUGAUGGCCUACAACAAGACCAUCCCCACCACUUAUUUUGAGGACGAUAAGGUUACAGCCACCGAAGUCUCCCCUCCCAAGAUCUUUGAGGGCCAGGUCGAGCUGUACAACCGCCUCAUGGCCAACGGCAUUAAGGUUUACGUUGUCAGCGCUGCUUCCGAAGAGCUUGUCCGCAUGGUUGCUAGCGAUCCCAAAUACGGCUACAACGUCCCUCCCCAGAAUGUCAUCGGUGUAUCUCUCUUCCUCAAGACCAAGAAGGGCGAGAUCACUACUGCUCGCAAACAGAUUGAGGAUGGUGUCUACACUCAGAAGACACAGAAGCAGAACCUGGAUGCUGAGAUGACUCCCUGGCUCUGGGCCCCAGCUACUUGGAAGUCUGGAAAGUGGGCUGCUAUUCUCACCUACAUCGAUGAGUGGAACAGGCCUAUUCUUGCUGGUGGUGAUACUCCUGAUAGUGACGGCCCCAUGAUUUUCCAGGGUGUUGAUGUUGCGCGUGGCGGUAUUCACCUUUGGGUUGAUCGUAAGCCUGCUUACAGAGAGCAGAUUGACGGCAUGAUCAAGAACAACACAAUUGCUCAGAAGAAGGAAGGACUACCGGUUACAGCUGACAAGAACUGGGUCUUCGUGAAGCCAACCGAGCUUCACUAAAUUAUGGUCUAGCGAACAUGACUAAUGUCUUAAUAACUAACAUGUUUAACUCUCAAA